GACUUAAAUUUUGAAUUAGCUUAUCAGUUGACCAAGUUUUGUUUCUAUUAAUAGCCAAUAAGUAUGAUUAAAUUUUGAGAUCUUUGAGCGCAUUUAGUUGAAUUAGUUCUAUUACCAUCAUUCAGAAAAAAUGGCUCAUCAAAUAUUAGGGAUUUUGUUGGCCGGUUUUGUAUGUUAUGUGUAUGGCACAAACCCACCACGUACAACCAUACCUUACUAUGACCACUCAGAGUCCAGUCAGAUAAAUUUCUUGUUUGAACCUAGUCUAAGUCAUUUCAUUGCACGAACAUAUAGCACGUGCUUUUUGGUGCAAUUAACGCACGAUGAAAUUGAUCAUAUCCACACUUCAUGGGGACUUGGCGAUUUUGAGUUAAAGAUGAUGAGAGAAUGGGUAGGCCAGCUUCCAGAGACAAGAAUCUAUCAUGAUGACCCGAACCUUCCAGAUUAUACACGUAAUUACUGCUCCCGACAUGACAUGUUUCUUCUAGAAAGAGGCGAGACCGCCACACAACCAAGCUCUAUUCUAGGCUGAAAUUUUACAGUUGUAAUAAAUAAUAACAUCAG